AAGUUUGUUUUUCAGAAUUUCGUGAUAUUGAGUGUGGACGUAAAAGUUCUUCAAGAACACGCGCUUUCUCCCUUUGUGGUGGCGCUUAAAAAAGAACCUUUAAAAACUAUGCGUUCUCUCUGGGGCGUUUCAUUGAUUUUAGAUCACAUGGACAUUCCUUCUCGUAUAAAAAACAUUGUGGAGGAUAACACCUUGCGCGCGAUUCUGUUCAAUAGGAUCCCCGACUCAAACGCAGUCUUUGAUGCGAUCAGAGAAAAUAGCAAAUGGUCUAGAGAUGAUGAAAUAUUUAUGGGAUACCACGCCUUUGCUACCGUAGUGCGUAUAGAAGCGGGUACACUACUAAAUGUAACUGACUCCAGAGCCUUAAAGUACGCAUCCUCGAUUCUCUGGGCGGAAGCUCCACCGCAAACGAAGCAAAAUUAUAUUGAUUGUGCUCGACAAGUCUAUUUAAAUAUCUGUCGACGAUUCUGGCCGACGUAG